CCCCUCGCCUUGUAAGGACACCAGUUACUGGAUUAGAGCCCACCCUAGUGACCUCAGCUUGGCUCAGCCCCGUCCGCAGAGACCCGUGUCCAGCUGAGCUCAGGCUCGCAGGGAGCUGCGAGCAGGACGGAACCUGGGGACACAGUUCAGUCCACAGCAGGACGGAGAUGCCGUUCUCGAGGCCCUCGGGGUCCCAGAACGUGAUCCUGACGUACAGCUGGCCUAGAUAUGACGUGUGUCCGAGGGGGAGAGACGCCCUGCAGUCUGAAUUGGAGACCACUCAGAAGCUCCUGGAAGAUCUCAGCAUGGGCAAUUCAGAAGAAAACGUGCAGGUGCUGGACCUACUGGGCGAACUCAAGGACGUGGCCGUGAAAAAGGACCUUGAGCUCCGAAGGAGCUUCGCCCAGGUGCUGGAACUCUCCGCCGAGGCGAGCAAAGAGGCCGCCUUGAUAAACCAGGGCGUCUGGGAAGAGGCCCAGGGCCUGGCGACCCCCAGCCAGUGGUACUUCAGCGAGGACAGCACCUGCGAGGAGUCCCAGGGAGCAACUAAGAGCGCAGCCCUGCCAGAGGACAGCGCGCCGCGCGCCCCGUGAGUCCACGCUCACGCCGCGCUCACCAGCCCGAGCGGAGACCUUCCUCCAGGCAGACGAGAAGAAAGCCUGCUGUGCCUCUGUGCCAGCGGGGUCUGCAGUGACGCGUCGGUGACAUUCAGGACACUCGAGCACUUGAUACACUAC